AUGAGCCUUGGAAAUCCCCAACCCGAACCCCACCUCGCCAUCAUCGGCUCCCUAAACAUCGACUUCGUAACAACAACACCCCGUUGCCCUCAAGCAGGCGAAACCCUCACAGCAACUUCCCUCACCAUAACAGCCGGGGGUAAAGGCGGAAAUCAAGCAGUCGCAGCCGGUCGCGCCUCAUUCGUGUCCCCGGGCAAACAACAUGGAUCUGUUCGCAUGAUCGGGGCUGUAAGAGCGAACGAUCCGAACUACAAGGCACUCCUCGAACCUACACUUCGAGCAUCCGGCGUCUGCACGAAAGGUGUUACGCUUUUAUCUGACUUCCAUGCCCAGACUGGAUCAGCGACUAUCAUCGUUGAAGAAGACGGUGGCGAGAAUCGAAUCCUUGUCGUUCCUGGUGCGAAUCAUACUGGUAUGAUGGAUGUUGACCGGAUUCACUGGAGUAUUAUGGAGCCGACUACAAUGCCUUUGCCACAGGUCCUUGUUUUGCAAGGCGAGAUUCCACGGUCAACUACAUUGUGGGCUUUGGAGUAUUUUAAUAGAGCCGAAGGUCUUCCUCAUGUGGUGUUUAAUCCUGCUCCUGUUUUUCCCGAGGGCAUUUCGUUGGAAGCUAUUAUGGGGACUUCGGUUCUGAUCAUGAAUGAAACCGAGGCUGUGCAGAUGUCAAGGUCUAUUGCUGGUUUCCCGAUUUCGGGUUCCGCUGAGAGUGCUGAGGUGGAUGGAUUGAAGCCAGAGGAGUUGGCUUCGAGGUUUCAUAUGCUUGCGCGUGUGCAGGUUGUGAUUAUUACGCUCGGUGCUAAGGGUGUUUAUUUCUCGACUAAAAAUGGCCGGUCUGGCUCUGUGGAAGGAGUGAAGGUUGGCCGGGUUGUCGAUACUACUGCUGCCGGUGAUACUUUUGUCGGAUACUUUUCGACAGCUUUUGCGCGGUUCAUUGCGACUGGGGCUAUUUUGGAGGAGUUUGACGAUGAGAUCGAAACGGUGGUGAGGAAAGCUAAUUCGGCUGCAGCAGUUUGUGUGCAGCGGCAAGGCGCGAUGUUAAGUAUUCCGUUUGCCUAUGAAUUGGCAUGA